CCAUUGGUCUACCUUUCCCAGCAGAGCACCUGAGUUACUCCUGAAGUCUCCAGCACCUGCCCACCUUCCAGGGCCUCUCUGGAGCAGCCAUGAAGUUCCUCAUUCUGGUCCUCUGCCUUGCUCAGCUCUGGGGCUGCCACGCUGCCCCACCUGGCCUAGGUUUGGCCUAUAGAGAACUGAAUUGUGAUGACCCAGAAACAGAGCAAGCAGCUUUGGCGGCCGUGGACUACAUAAAUAAGCGCAGUAGUCGAGGCUACAAGCACACCUUGAACCAGAUUGACAAAGUGAAAGUGUGGCCUCGGCGGCCAGUGGGAGAAGUGUUUGAGCUUGAAAUAGACACACUGGAAACCACCUGCCAUGUACUGGACCCCACCCCUGUGGCCAAUUGCUCUGUGAGGCAGCUGACAGAGCAUGCUGUGGAAGGAGAUUGUGAUUUCCGUGUGCUGAAACAGGAUGGCCAGUUUUUCGUGUUGUUUGCAAAAUGUCAUUCCAGUCCAGACUCUGCAGAGGACGUGCUAAAAGUGUGCCCAGACUGUGCCCUGCUGGCUCCGCUUAAUGACACCAGGGUGGUGCACGCUGUAGAGGCUGCACUGACAGCUUUCAAUGCGGGUAAUGAUGGCUCCUACUUUCAGCUCCUGGAAGUUACCCGGGCUCAACUUGUGCCUCUUCCACCUUCAACCUACGUGGAGUUUGCAGUGGCUGCCACUGACUGUGUUGCUAAAGAGGUCACAGACCCAGCCAAAUGUAACUUGCUGGCAGAAAAGCAAUAUGGCUUCUGUAAGGCGACCUUCAAUGAGAAGGCUGUUGGGGAUGCUGCUGAAGUGACCUGUACAGUGUUCAAAACACAGCCUAUGUUGCUGCAGCCUCAGUCAGAGACCAAUACACCCACCACUGGGGUGGCCACAGCUAUGCCUAUACCCCCUUCAGCUAACCUGCCAGCAGCUGCCAUGGUGGUGGGACCCCUGGUGGUGGCAGCUCCCCCGCCAUCUGCACCAGUGAACCGGGCACACUAUGACCUUCGCAACACCUUCGGGGGUGUGGCCUCAGUGGAGUCAGCCUCAGGAGAAGCAUUCCAAGUGGGGAAAGCACACACGGCAGUAGAGCCUGGCAUGGCUGCUGCUACCCGGCCACUGGUCCGCCCUUGCCCCGGGAGAAUCAGACACUUCAAGAUCUAGAUGAAGGUCAGCGAUGAGAAGGAUUGGCAAAAAGAACAUAGCCACCAUUUUGUCCAAGUCUAAGUAGGGGUAGGGACCUUAUCUGCUAUCAAAGCAAGUGGUACAUGUGGUUUAGAUUAAUAUCAAGCCUCGAAUCUCAACUUCUCUUCAUUCUACAGAAAACAGAUGCAGAGGGGGUGGCAGUUAUGUUUGAUAAAAGGCAUAAAGCCAGCCACUCAAUUGUCAUUGUUUUGAUGCUAAACCACCACCACUGUUCUCUGCCUUCUUUGACCUCACAAAAACAACGAGAACUGUGAUUUUGACAGGUGCUCUUGCCAAGCUUAUAUCUGCUUGUUAAUAAAAGUAUCUGAAGGACCUUCCUUAAUAAAGAAGGUUCUAAGCUGAAA